AUGGAAAAACAUCUUGUAAUGUAUUUAACCAGAAAAUCGAUUAUGCUCCUGCGGAAGUAUCUACUCGUGACGGAAUUUCAGGUGUCAAAGUGCGGAUCUCAUAUAGUCAAAAUAAGAAGGGACGUGCUAUAUCCGAAACGUACGAAAUAUAGUAAAUAUAGUAAAUGCAGAUGUAGUAGGGGUCGCGAACCGGAUGGUACACAACUUGGUUUUGGAAGAUAUGGCACCAAAAGUAGUAGAGCUGGUCGUCUUUCAUAUCGAGCCAUUGAAGCAGCGCGUCGGGCUACAAUCGGACAAUUCCGUCGUGCUAUGAGCGGACAAUUCCGAAGAAAUUGUAAGAUAUGGGUAAGAGUUCUCGCAGAUCUUCCUAUUACGGGGAAACCCGCAGAAGUUCGAAUGGGAAGAGGAAAAGGAAAUCCUACGGGUUGGAUUGCUCGUGUGUCCACGGGACAAAUCCCAUUUGAAAUGGAUGGUGUGAGUUUGUCAAAUGCUCGACAAGCCGCUAGAUUAGCGGCGCAUAAACCAUGUUCGUCAACCAAGUUUGUUCAGUGGUCGUAA